UAGCGCUAGUAAAUACAUACAUAUGCAGCGUCAUACACUCUCUAACAAUGGAAUUCCUGGACCAAAUCCUACUGAAACAGUUACUGGUGGAAAGACUCUGGAUUUGAGUAAAUAUGACAAGGUUCGAAGGCCGCAUAAGCUGAUUACUGAUGAUACAAAGAUUAAAAUUACUUCGAGGACUUUGUCGGCAGAACUCUGUUGUCCAAUCUGCUUAGAUUUAUUAACCUGCACAAUGACAACAAAGGAAUGCUUGCAUCGAUUUUGUUCGGAGUGCAUAACCACUGCUUUGAUGAGAGGUAAUAAAGAGUGCCCAACAUGUCGUAAGAAGAUAGUUUCCAAACGUUCACUUCGACCCGAUCCGAAUUUCGAUUUUCUGAUCAGCAAGAUUUGGCCUGAUAGAAAGCAAUACGAUGUUGAAUGUAAUGCAUCAAUGCAGCUAUUUCAAAAACAAAGUAAUGUUCUUUCACUACAACGCAGUAUUCAGGAGGGAAUAAGAGCGCAAGCUGCUUGUCGAAAACAAAGAGUACAGGGUUCUUACGAUUACGAAAAAAAAAUACGUAGACCUAAAACUACAAUAUUGGAUGGUAAUGACUCUCAGCAACAAUGUGAAGAAUUGUCUACUAGCAGUAUAACAGUCUCUUUGACACCAGCUGCAUACUUGGAUAAUGAAUUGGAUAUACGGUGUUCUGAAUCUCCAGCUGAAUACAGUUCUGACGAAUCUGGAUCAACUAGCGAUUUGGACGAGGAUUCUUCAUCGCUUUCAAGUGACAGCAGCAUUUCGACUGUUUCUUCCACUUCUACAACUUCCUUCCAUAUUCAGAAACCAUUUGCAAUCAUUGACGAUGGACAUCAAUUAGGGGAAAAUAUUGAGAAUAAUUUAGAAGAUAUGGUUAGAAUAACGCUUAAACUUCAAUGUUAUAAAUUUUAGGCUGCA